GAAGCAUAAAAAUUGGGAUUUUCUCUCUGGAUCAGGGCAGAAUGGAGCGGCUACCGCGAGAUCUCUUGCUCCGGAUCUUUGCGGGCGUGGAUCUUGACGAUCUGGGGAGGCUGCGAUGCGUUUGUAGAUCCUGGCACAGCGCCAUUGCUUCCCAGGAAUUCGCCCAGCAAUGGAAGGGAAGGGACGAGGUCUGUUGUGUCUUGCGCGCCAAGCAAAAGGACGGCUUCCACACAGAAGUAUGGUACCCGGGCAGCGGCGCAAGAAGAUCUACCGGAUUGAAUCCAGGGCCUCGUGGAUGUUUCUCGAUGGGAGUUUCUUCUUCACACGGCCUGGUUUGCGGAUUGCUACCAGAAGAGGGGCGUGCGCCUGGCACAGCGUGGAAUUUGGUGGUGGGAAAUCCACUGACAAACAAAUGGAGACGGCUGCCUCCAAUCGAUAUCCCUUCUCGUCCGCUCGACACCAUGGAAAGGAUACAUCUUCAGGUUGAUCCGUCCAAAGGUUCCUACAAGCUGGUUCUCAUCUACGAUAAAUAUGGUGACGACGACGAAGUGAUCUAUCACGCGCGCCAGUAUGAUUCCGAGUCGCGGGUUUGGAAGUCGGCAGUGCCCUUCAUCGGUGAGCACGACGGCGCAAAUACCAAGAUCGAUGGCGCCGUGAUUGGAAGCGCGGGCCUGGAUUACCCGCCAUACUUUCUCAUGGCCUACAAUCCCGAUUCCAUGGCCUGGUCUUGUCACAAGCACUUCGUUGGUGAGCCAACUUUCAACAAUGGUUACAUCUACAAGGAGUAUGCCAACGACACUGCCCAUUGUGGAGUUUGGAGGUGGAAAGACAGGAUUUUCUUCGUCACGCAUUCUUGUGGGUGUGUGGUUAUCUGGGAGCUGGACUGUCGAGAAGGAAAAGCGAAGCUUUUGUCAAGCAAGCGGUAUGGGGAGCUGUAUGGCAAGAAUUGGAAGCCGAGAGAGAUGUUGCUAUAUACCUCGACGCUGCUUGUUGGGAGCACAAUUAUCGUUUUCACAGAGUUGUGUAAGUCCUCGUACGGGUAUGCUCCGGUUGCAUACAACCUCAAGGAUUCAACAUGGCACUCGUCGGCUCACUACAAUCACACGUCCUUGACGACUGUGGACAUUGAAGCCAGUUGCGCAUUCAUUCCCAGCUUCACCGUCGAGCCAUAUGGGAUGGCCAGAUGGUCUUGCUAAAGGUGAAGCAUUUAUAUAAUUAUGGUCUUGAAUUUUAUCAGAGGGAGAUGGCAAAAGCAACCCCUUCUUUUUUACUGGCCAUCCAAAGACGGCCGACUGAAGUUUGUGAUCUCAUUUGUUGCGCUGAAGAACCACCGGGAACCUACGCUGCAAACAUCAGAGAUUGUAGUGGUGUCACCCCACAUCCCAAAAUAAAAUAGAUUUUCGAUUA